AUGAGUCCACCUACAGUAUAUAAACCAUUCUCUUACAAGUUCUUUUCUCUACUUAUUAUCAUGGAAAUCCUUCAUCCUGUAUCGAGUUCAACUUCCUAUCUUGAUGCGCCGAAAAAAAGUGUUGAUUCUGAAUCAGCAACUCUUUUAAAAUGGAAAGUUAGCCUUCAAAACCAAACCCAGUACCUCCUAAGGACGUGGAGAGUAGAAACCACCCCAUGCCAAUGGGUCGGCAUUCACUGUGAUACUGGUGGAAGGGUUUCCUAUCUAAACCUCUCACAUAGUGGCAUAAGAGGUACACUUGAAGAUCUCAACGUUUCAUUGUUACCAAAUCUACGCAGCCUUGAUCUUUUUAACAAUUCAAUCUACGGGACGAUUCCAUCAAAUAUUGGCAACCUUUCUAAACUUUCUUAUCUCGACUUGUCAGAAAAUCAUCUGUCCGGAACAAUACCUCCAGAAUUAGGCCUUCUAAGAAAUGCCAAGACUUUUUACCUAGACCACAAUAAUAUCAGUGGCUCCAUCCCCCAGGAAAUCUGUUUUCUAAAGCACGUUAUUGAUCUCAGUUUGAGUUCUAACAUUCUGACAGGUACAAUCCCGACUUGUAUUGGGAACAUGAGCAACUUAUCCAGUUUAUUUCUUUACCAGAAUCAAAUCUCUGGAACUAUUCCUUCAUCCAUUACCAACUUAACUAAACUUUCUUGGCUUAACCUCUAUGUUAAUCAAUUAUCUGGUCCCAUCCCUCGAGAGAUUGGAAUGCUAAGCUCUCUUCAAAUUCUCCGCCUCUAUACAAAUAAGCUAUCAGGAACUAUUCCUUCUACUAUAAACAAUUGUACAAAACUUGCUAAUCUGCAUUUAGGUGAUAACCAAUUAUCUGGUCGAAUCCCCUCCGAACUAGGAAGCUUGAAGUUCUUAUCUGAUCUGUUAUUGUUCAUGAACAAUUUCAGUGGCAGCGUUCCUAAAGAGUUCGAUAAUCUAACACAUCUGACAAACUUGUCUUUAAGUGUUAACCAUCUCACUGAAGUCAUCUUGGGAGAACAUCUGGGCGAUUUCAUGUCAUCUAUUUUUACUCCUCCAUCGCAAUUCGCACCCUCGACAUCUACAUCAAGUAUUUCAGCAGUCCAUGACAUAUUUUUGAAGGAUGUCCUCGACCAGAGACUUUUAAGUCCUACAAGGAAUGUGGCUGAAGAAGUUGUGGGCGUUGCCCUGCUAGCAUUAGCGUGCAUCAAUCCCACUCCUCAACUUCGACCAACCAUACAACAAGUUUCUGUGCAACUGUCAAAAGAAAAGGCAGCUUUUAGAAACCUACUUCCUCUUAUUACAAUAGGCCAACUGCUUAAUCAUGAAUUUUCAAGUGCCCAAUAG